CCUCCCCCGUCCAUCCAACGCAGCCACCCGCUCGCAGCGCCGUUGGAUUGCUGAUCCGUUUUCGUCCCCCCCCUUUCGCCUAUAAAUGCCGGCGUUUUCCUCCCCCGGUCCGGAUCGACACCGCCGCCGUCCUUUCCUUUGCUGACGACCUCAUUCCCCUCGCCGUCGCUCUCCGCCAUGUCCUCCGAGCACACCCCCCUCGUCUCGCCUCCCCAGGCUGUCUCGGCCUCGGCCUCCACCACCGUCACCAUUCCUCCUGCCGCCUCGGCUGCCAGCAAGAAGCCGGCCCAGGCCACCACCACGCUCUCGGCCCUGUCCCAGAUCCGCUUCACGGACCAGCUCUACAUCUUUGGCGAGCUCAUCAAGAAGAACGUCUUUGGCUGGGUCAACCCCGCCCUCGACGAUCGCCGCUUCCCCCUCGAGCAGUUCAUCAAGGUCAACUCGACCCUGCCGUUGAAGUACUCCAACUCUGUCAACUCGUCCCUGAUCUCGGGCUUCUGGCAAGACUUUGAGCAUCCCCAGCGCAACUGGCCUGCCAGUCCCUUCCGCGAGGCCGACGGCUCCAACAACUCGCACAUCUAUCCGCACAUGGGCGCCUCGGGAACCCCGUAUGCUCGCACCGUCACCCCCUCGGUCUAUCCGCUCAAGUCGUCGCUCCCCGACCCUGUCGAGCUCUUCAACGACCUGCUCCGCCGCCCCGAGGACGAGGCCUUUGAGCCCCAUCCCACCCACAUCAACUCGCUCCUCUUUGCCUUUGCGACCAUCAUCACCCACGAUCUCUUCCGCACCAAGGCCAACUCCCCCGGCAUCAACGAGUCCACCCACUACGCCGAUCUCAGCUGUCUCUACGGCGCCAACAUCGAGGAGCAGACCAAGGUCCGUCUCGGCCAGCGCGGUCUCCUGAAGCCCGACAGCUUCACCGACAUGCGCCUCCAGUUCCACAUCCCGACCACCUCUGCCCUCCUCAUGGUCUUUGCCCGCAACCACAACUACAUUGCCGAGAAGCUGCUCAGCGACGAGGUCAAUGUCCAGCAGGAAAACUGCCGCUUCACUCACAUUGCCGGCCCCGACAGCCCCCGUCUCAGCUCCAAGAAGACCGACGAGCUCGUCUUCCAGACUGCCCGCCUCAUCAACGGCGCCUGCUACGCCACCAUCAUCCUGCACGAGUACAUCAAGAGCAUCCUCGACCUCGACAUGAACACGGGCUACACCCUCAACCCCGGCAUCAACCCCCCCGCACCCAACCCCACCAGCGGCAACGUGCUUUCGCUCGAGUUUGGCUACAUCUACCGCUGGCACGGUGCCAUCAGCCAGCAGGAUGCUGAGUGGCUCAAGCACGUCCACAUUGCCGAGUACAUGACCCUGCGCAAGAAGAUGCUCAUCGAGAUCGAGACCGCCGAUGACAAUGGCACGCCCCUGGACAAGAAAACCAUUGCCCAGAAGCACAUGGCUUAUUUCUCCGACCUUAUGCACCAGUACGGCUACACCCGUGAGGAGCUCAGCCUCGGCCCCAUCUGCAUCGGUCUGCACCGCAACCCGCAGACGGCCAAGUUUGACGAUACCCAGCUCAUCCAGAUCCUGCGCGAGUCCAUGGACAAGGUUGCCAGCCGCUUCGGACCCCGCAAGAUCCCGGGCGAGCUGAUUGACGUCGAGGUCCAGGGUAUCCAGUCGGCCCGUCUCUUGGGCAUGUGCACCAUCAACGACUUUAGACGCAAGUUCAACCUCAAGCCCUACAGCUCCUACGAGGAGCUCAUCACUUGCCCUUCGCGCCCCGUUCCCGACAAGCGCAUCAUUGCCGCCCUCGAGAAGCACUAUGGCAAGAACGGAAUCGAGCGGGUCGAGUUCUACCCUGGUGUCCUGAUCGAGGGCCAGACCACCGGCGGCAUCUGCCUGCCUUACUCUGCUGCCCGCAGCAUUCUCUCUGACGCCACCAACCUCAUCCGCAACGACCGCUUCAUCGUCGAUGGCAUCAACCCGCACGACCUGACCCACUGGGGAUUCGACUAUAUCACCAAGAGCGGCGACGACCGCCCCGACGGCUACAUCUUCAAGAAGAUCAUCACCAACGUGUUCCCCGAGUGGGCCCAGAACUACGGCGCCGACGGACUUGAUCGCCUGCGUUCCCCGUUCAAGUCGCUCUGAUUGCGCCAGCACGAUGUGACCCAAGUGGUGGUCCCCAAAGUCUUACAGUCAAUCCAAUAAAAAACGGGGCACCCGUGAUUUUGACCAUUGA